GGUGCCGGUACCUGGCGGCUGGCAGCUGAGGGAUUUUAUACCAAAUCCUCUGCGUUGCCUGUUUAGUCUGAUGGGUGUGUUUUGGAUGGGACUAAAAGGUGACACGUCUCUCUGCUCCCUUCGUAGCUUGUUUCACAAGAAAAAAAUAGACAAAAUGGAGCACACGUUAUUGCUACUCAUAUUUUUUGUACCUAUGUUGGGUCUUGCUAAUGGAACAGAAACUGAACAAGAUUUUACUUGGCACUUAAAGAAAGUUCCCCAGAUUGUGAGUGAAAGAACUUUCUCCCUUGACAGCCCUAAAUUUGAAGCAAAUACCAAAUUAGAGCUGAACAGUGUAUGUGGAAUUGAAUGUCAGAGAAAACUGCCAGUGCCAAGCUUGUCUGACUUGAAAGAUGUCCUGUCCUAUGAGACUGUUUUUGAAAACGGCACACGGACCCUGACUGAAGUGAAUGUCCUUGGACUAGUGCUUGAUCCAGCUGAAAACAUGACUACACGAACGUCUUCAAGAAAGAAGAGGCAGAUAUAUGGAACAGACAGUAGGUUCAGCAUCUAUGACAAGCGGUUUAUGACCAGCUUCCCAUUCAACACAGCUGUGAAGAUCUCCACCGGUUGUAGUGGCAUUCUCGUUUCCCCCAAGCACGUGCUCACAGCUGCUCAUUGCCUGCAUGAUGGCAAGGAUUAUGUUAAAGGCAGCAAAAAGCUGCGGGUGGGAUUGAUGAAGACAAAAUCUAAAGGUAAUGGCAGGAAACGCAAAGGUGCUAAAAGAAGUAGGAGAGAAGCUUCUGAGACACACAAUGAUCCUGAAGUUGCCACUGAACCAAGACGCCGCUCCAAGGGUGGUGGGAGAAAGCAGAGGAGAUCGGGGAGGAAGCAGGGCACCUCAGAUGGUGUGCCCACCUUCCAGUGGACCAGGGUGAAGAGUACCCACAUCCCAAGAGGCUGGUUUAAGGGUGUCUCUGGGGAUAUUGCCCUGGAUUAUGAUUAUGCUGUUCUUGAGCUCAAGCGUCCCCACAAAAGGAAAUACAUGGAGCUGGGAAUCAGCCCAACAAUCAAAAUGAUGCCUGGGAGCAUGAUCCACUUCUCAGGUUUUGACAAUGACCGCUCGGGGCAGCUGGUCUAUCGGUUUUGUAGUAUUUCAGAUGAAUCCAAUGAUCUCUUUUAUCAGUAUUGUGAUGCUGAGCCUGGCUCCACCGGAUCUGGAGUCUAUCUCCGUCUUAAGGAGCCAAACAAAAAGAAGUGGAAACGCAAGAUCAUUGCUGUUUACUCAGGCCAUCAGUGGGUGGAUAUCAAUGGUGAACAGCAGGAUUAUAAUGUAGCAGUCAGAAUUACUCCUCUCAAAUAUGCCCAGAUUUGCUUCUGGAUACAUGGGAAUGAUGAGAAUUGCACACGAGGCUGAAGCUAACUCCCUGAGCACCCGUAUUACAGUAGAGUGAAAAUGUGUUGCAGCAGUUACAGAGAGAUCAUUAUUCCGUGUCAGGCUGGUUUUGAACUCAAAGCCCGCAAAUAAUAUUUUCAUGACUUGAGUAAUGUUGAAUUGUUGGGGAAUGGGUAGAAUUUUCAAAUGAAUUAUUUUUAAUUCUAAUCAAUCCUAGAUAUGCACUUAAAAUCCCAAACUGUAUUUAUGUUUGCAAAUGUGAUAAAUUCUAUAUAAUUCACGUUAGAAAAAAAUGACUACCCCAUCUUUUUUUUUCCAACAGAAGAAUUGAAACUUCUCAAACUGAUAUUAUUAAACAAUUAUUAAGCAACACAUUUUUCCAAUGGAUUUGAUUUUCUCAGGGUUCUGUUCCAAUUCUUCAUAUGCAAGUUGUGCAUACAUCUCUUUACUGUAUGUGCAGAAUGAUCCAGGGAACUGGAGGAGGGCAAGAAAUGCCAACAAAUUAUGUCGGCAUUCUCUAAAAACCACAGCUCCAUGCUGAGAUACAGCAAUCUAGGUCAUGUUUGUUGCUUUGGAAAGCUUCCUCUUCUGGUUGCUGUAGGAAUGCUUCCGUGGAAAUACCAAAUUUCUGUAGCUGACAACUAGACCUAAAAACCAAAUUUCUCUUCAUUGUUUACCAAAAUAGCAUCGAGAAAUUAAUGAACAUAAAAGUUUCCAUGUUUGGAAGAAGGAGAAACAUCAGAAUACAAUUUAAUGGCUUUAAAACUUGUUUGAGAAGCUACAAAAAUCUUGGGAAUAUUAAACGUACACAUUUUCUUCCUAAUUAAUAUCUGGAGAUCUGUAGGUUUAGUUUCUAGCCAAACAUUUUGAAGUGGCCGUUUGACAAUCAUCUAGAGCUUUACAUCAAAGCCGCAGAUGCUAGAUUUUUUGGGUGCUAACCAUUUUUACAGGUUUUUAAAAGUACUUUUAUAAGAAUUCAGCUUCACAGGUAGAAUACUAUGUACUAGACUGGGAGAUGGAAAGCAAUAGUUUGGUUUAUCUGUACACAGUUUUACAAAGUGGUGGGUACUUCUAAGUGUAUCAGACUCCACCAACAGGAGUUGCAGGGAUAAACUGAAAAAUUCUCCCAACUAAAUUAUAUUAUACCACCUUCUGAUGGUAGACUAUCCUGUAAAUUAUAACAUAUCUUGGUAGGUAGGAGCAAUAGAUAUCAAAUAACGUGGUUCAAUACUUUUGCUGAAACACACUUACUGGAAAGAAAGAAAGCUUGACUUUUACACAUUUUUAUACAUGCAUCACUUUUUUUAAUUGUUUGUUCUUGACUGCUACACAAGUUUUUGUAUCUUGUAUUUUAUAUCAAGAUUUUGAAGCACACAAGAUGGUUAUGGUGCUAUGUUAAUCUAAUAACAUAAAAUGAUACAGUGCAUUUCUGAUCAUACGCAUUGGGAUUCAUUACUGAUAAGGUUAUUCACCGUUCCAAUAUUUAAUGUUUUGAUCAUAGGUUCAUACUGACUGAAAUCCAUUUUCUUCGUGUGCAGAGGAAAAAGAUAUAACAUUUUUAAAAUAUUAUUGGUUUGUUGGUAUCUAUAAAAUAUGCUUGUAAUAUAUUUUGAUGACAUAAGGUCAUUUUUCAUAUCGCAUUAUUCUGUAGCUGAUUGAAGGUAUAAAACCUGGCUCUUUUAAUGUGCAGGUGACUUUUUUGUCAUUGUAUUGCCAAAGCAUGAGAAUUUAAGACUUGUUUUCAUGUCAUAACUCUUGCAAUAUUUCAUUAAUUGGAAGAGAUCUCACUUCAAAAGAUUUUUUUUUAAUUUCAGCUUUUUUCAGGCUUCUGGUUUUUACUCAUGAUUGUUUGCAGAAAACUAAUAAUAAUUUCUGAAGUUUAGAUAUUAAUUUGUCUAAGAUAGAUUUCAAGGUUAAUUAAUUUUUGUCGUUGCUAACAUUCUAUUAAGACAUAUAAAUUCAUUGGCAAUAAUUUUAAAUCACCUCGGCUGAGUAUUUAAUACUCUUGCUCUAUGGAACGGGCCUACAGUACUCUUUAGCAUGCUCUAUAAUGUUUUUCUUAAGUAAGUGCCUUUUUCCAUACUUACUGUAACAAAUACGGUACCACAUUCUUAAUCAGUAUAGGUCAGCAUAGGUCUAUAGGUUUUUUUUUUUUUUUUAAUAUAGUUACUCUUGCUGUUGAUCUGGGUCCAAAGUUGAUCAAGAUGAGGUGACUUAGUAAACGCCUAGUUUUGGUGAGUCUCACUUUGGGCUCUUCAUUAGGAGAAGCAGCAGAGCCCAUUUCUUUAUUAGUCUGGGAACUGAGGACAAGGUAGGAAUGAAAAAUAUGGACAGCGCCUGACAGGUGUCUUUUCGUAAUGAUAAUUUGCCAUAAAUACCUCGAGAGAUUAAAGAUGGCCAGAGCAACAGGAAAAAUUCACCCAAACCCUCCGUCGCCAGGCGAGUGCGGCCGAGGGCUAACGCGCAAGCCCGUGCGAGGGCGGUCGGCCGGCCGCUGCGUGGGGCAAGGAAGAGCAGGCAGAAGACAGGGAUGGACAAGAUGCUGCUGCCUGUGCUGCGCAGCCGCCCGCCCGCCCGGCGCUCGUCAAAUCUGCCUCGUUUAGCAUCACAGAGAAGGAGCCGCUUCCUGUAGGGAUGGUUACGGCUUCAAGCGCUUCCUAGAUGGGUCGUAAAUCAACUAUUUUCACACCCGCGUGCACAACCCCAAAGGGCUGAGGCUCCGCACAAAGCUUUUGGCACCAGCAAGCGAGACAGGAAUUUCCGAGCUGUGAUAACCUCAGAUUGCCUUAAAACAACUGCAGCCGGUACCGACUGCUGCAGGCAGAGCCGUGGGGAGAGGGCUUCUUCGGAAGGGGCUCAGGCUUCGAGGCCGCGUUCCCGGCACGGGCAGGGACAGAGCCCUUGCGGCGCUUCCGGAAAGGAUUUUGUCCCGCUGUCGAGUGCCGGGCUGUGCAUCAUUUGUUUUCACGCUAACGCUUUUUUCCAUGAGAGCUGCCACGGUAGAGCUGGUGCUCCUGGCACGAGCUACAAACGAGCGCAAAGAAAUCCAUGCUCUGCUAAGGGGCUUUUGGCAAUUUGUAGGGUUAAAAAAAAUAUUCCCAGGCCAAAGAUAAACCUCAGAUGUGGAUUUUCUUUUUUUUUUUUUUUUAGCAUCCUGGGGCAGCUUCUACAAAAAAAUUGGCGCAUGUGUUUCGUUUGGGGCUCUGAGAAGUGUAGCGGAAGACCAGGGGAUUACCGCUGAUGUGGAAAAGCAAGCCCAAGACUGUACUAUCUUAACAGAGGCAAAGCAAUGCUAGGCAGCAAAAUGAUUUCGGUCUUACGAGGUAUAGAGUACCUGAGGCUUUAGAAAAGUGCUUAAAGAAACUCCUUCACUCAGUUUAUAGUUUACUACACAAACAUUGCACCGAUUUAUGAGUGUGCGUGGAGGGUGAGUCAGCCCAGAGCUUGGGCUUGAGUAGUAAAAUAAUCCAGCUACAUGUGGAGGAGAAGAGCAGCUGGGGAGGUCCUCCUGGUCUGCUGCUAAGGGACCAACCAGCAGCUACUCCAGAAAGAGCAAAACAGGUCGCUAGUAGGAAGGAACAGGCGGAAGGAGCCGGCAGCGCAGGAGGGCUGGAGGAAGUGCGGGAAGGACAGGACGAACCGACGGCGAGGUGGUGGAGGGGCUGACCGUGAGAGAGCGUAGCAAGCUGGCAACAGCCUAAGAGGAGGAAUUAAAAUGUCAAAAAAGAAAAAAAAAAAUCAGUUGGGUGAGCAGACCUGCUUCUGCUGUUGAACGUGAGGCUUCCCAGCACCCCGUGAAGGGCUGGGAGAGGGGCCGCGCUGGUGGCUUUCUCUGAGCGCAUACUGAGUGAAGGGGAUGUCUCUCCUUUGGAGGGUUUUGCAAACUUGGCAUUUUAGUGGGAGUCCCGGAAGGGCUGUUCCCUAUCCGGGAGGGGAAAGAGGGGAGAAAAAAAAAAAAAAAAAAAAAAAAAAAAAAAAAAAAAAAAAGAAGCAACCCUGAACUUGAAGUUUUUAAAUGCUGGUUCCAGUGUUUUGCAUGUACCUGCAAAUUGUAGCCAAUAAAAGUUUUCAAAUACUUUCAA